AUGUAUGUUAUCAAGAGAGAUGGUCGUGAAGAACCUGUAAGGUUCGAUAAAAUUACUGCUCGUAUUUCUCGUCUUUGUUAUGGGCUAGAUCCAAACCAUAUAGAUCCUGUUAAAGUCACUCAACGUAUUAUCACUGGUGUCUAUGAAGGUGUUACCACUUAUGAAUUGGAUAAUUUAGCUGCUGAAACUGCUGCUUAUAUGACUACUGUCCAUCCAGAUUAUGCGGUUUUGGCAGCUAGACUAGCUGUUUCGAAUUUACACAAGCAAACCACCAAGGUUUUUUCGAAAGUUAUAGAUGAAUUACAUCAUUAUGUUAACCCUGAAAACAAUAAACCUGCUCCACUAAUAUCAAAGGAUGUUUAUGAUACUGUUAUGGCUAAUAAGGAUGAAUUGAAUUCUGCAAUAGUAUAUGAUAGAGAUUUCAACUACAACUAUUUUGGUUUCAAAACUUUGGAACGUUCUUAUUUGUUAAGAAUGAAAGGUAAAGUAGCCGAACGUCCUCAACACAUGGUCAUGAGAGUCGCUAUUGGUAUUCAUGGUAAUGAUAUCAAAGCUGCUAUUGAAUCUUACAACUUAAUGUCACAAAGAUAUUUUACUCAUGCCUCACCUACCUUAUUCAAUGCUGGUACUCCACGUCCUCAAAUGUCUUCAUGUUUCUUAGUUGCAAUGAAAGAUGAUUCUAUUGAAGGUAUUUAUGAUACUUUGAAAGAAUGUGCUAUGAUUUCUAAAACUGCUGGUGGUAUUGGUUUACACAUUCACAAUAUCCGUGCUACCGGUUCUUACAUUGCUGGUACUAAUGGUACUUCUAAUGGUUUAAUCCCAAUGAUUCGUGUCUUCAAUAAUACCGCCCGUUAUGUCGAUCAAGGUGGUAACAAAAGACCAGGUGCCAUGGCAUUAUAUUUGGAACCAUGGCAUGCUGAUAUCUUCGAUUUCAUCGAUAUUAGAAAAAAUCAUGGUAAAGAAGAAAUUCGUGCAAGAGAUCUUUUCCCAGCUUUAUGGAUCCCAGAUUUAUUCAUGAAACGUGUUGAAGAAAAUGCUGACUGGACUUUGUUCUCCCCAAGUGAAGCUCCGGGUUUAGACGAAGUUUACGGCGAAGAAUUCGAGGCUCUUUACAACCGUUAUGUUGAAGAAGGACGUGGUAAGAAAACUAUCAAGGCUCAAAAAUUAUGGUAUUCCAUCUUAGAAGCUCAAACUGAAACCGGUACCCCAUUCAUGUUAUAUAAAGAUGCUUGUAACUUGAAAUCUAAUCAAAGAAACUUGGGUACUAUCAAAUCAUCUAACUUAUGUUGUGAGAUCGUCGAAUAUUCAGCACCAGAUGAAACCGCUGUUUGUAAUUUGGCUUCAAUUGCUUUACCAGCAUUUAUCGAAAAAUCUAAGGAUGAAAAGCAAUCAUUUUACAACUUCAAAAAAUUGCAUGACAUUGCUAAGGUUGUCACACGUAACUUGAACAGAGUCAUUGACCGUAACUACUACCCUGUUCAAGAGGCAAAGAAUUCUAACUUCAGACACAGACCAAUUGCUUUAGGUGUCCAAGGUUUGGCUGACGCUUUCAUGUUGUUGCGUAUUCCAUUUGAAUCUAAGGAAGCUAAAGAAUUAAACAUCCAUAUUUUCGAAACUCUAUAUCACGGUGCUUUGGAAGCCUCUUGUGAAUUAGCUCAAGAAGAAGGCGCAUACCAAACUUUUAAGGGUUCCCCAGCAUCUGAAGGUAUUCUACAAUUUGACAUGUGGAAUAGGAAACCAACUGAUUUGUGGGACUGGGACACAUUGAAAUCUAACAUCAUUGCUCAUGGUAUCAGAAAUUCUUUAGUGAUGGCUCCAAUGCCAACUGCUUCUACUUCUCAAAUUUUAGGCUACAACGAAUGUUUCGAACCAUUUACUUCCAAUAUGUACCAACGUCGUGUGUUGUCUGGCGAGUUCCAAAUUGUCAACCCAUACUUAUUACGUGAUUUAGUCGACUUGGGUAUUUGGAAUGAAUCUAUGAAACAACAUUUGAUUACUGACAAUGGUUCUAUUCAAAACUUACCAAAUGUUCCACAAGAACUAAAAGAUUUAUACAAAACUGUUUGGGAAAUUUCACAGAAAACUAUUAUUGAUAUGUCAGCAGACCGUUCUGCUUUCAUUGAUCAGUCCCAUUCUAUGAACAUUCAUAUUCGUGCUCCUACUAUGGGUAAAUUGACAAGUAUGCACUUUUACGGUUGGAAGAAGGGUUUGAAGACUGGUAUGUACUACUUGAGAACUCAAGCUGCUUCCGCAGCUAUUCAAUUCACCAUCGAUAAGAAGGUUGCAGAAAAGGCAGGUGAAUCAGUUGCAGAUAUCGCCAACUUGAACCGCCCUCAUUAUGUUCCACGUAAAUUAAAUAUAUCAGAAGAUGGAAGCUUCGAACCAUCCGAUGUCAUUGAAGCAGCCGAACCAGAAAGAGAUCCUUCUCCAGCUUUAUCAACUGAUACUGCUAUUUCUGAAGACAUCAACUCAUUAAAGAUAGAAGACAGUAUUCCUGCCACCCCAGUCGAAUCUAGAUCUAUUAGCAUCCCACAUGAGGUAACUUCUAAUGAAACUACAAUUGAAGAGUCAACCGAAUUUGACAUUUACAACUCAAAAGUCAUAGCAUGCGCAAUCGACAACCCAGAAGCCUGUGAAAUGUGCUCUGGUUAA